CUCUGCAAGAUGCUGCGUGGGGGGCUCAGGGUAUCCAAUGCCUUUGGGUGGAGGGACGGUGCAGGAUCUGGAGGAAAUUCAGGCUGAGAGCAUCCUGCAUUCCCACAGCAUCCCCUUGGUGAGCGAGACACAGGCACGGGGGAGUGGAUGGCAGGGAGUGCAUCCAGCUGUUGGCGUCCCAUCCAGCUGUUGUUGGGGUCCCAUCCAGCUGCCGGGGUGCAUCCAGGCUGCCUCUGACCCACCUCCUCCUGCUACGAGGCAGUGGACAUUGUGCAGCACACGGCUUCCAGGAUCUGUGAAAGGAACUGGGAGCUCUGGGGGUGCUCUGUGGGGAUGGGGGGCACAGAGGGGGGCUCUGCUUUGGUUGGGCUCUGGGUUGGGGUGGCACAGGGUGGCUUUCCCUUGGGAAAACUGCUCUGCUUUCCCUCUAUGGCCCCGUGCAUGGGGAGGAAGCACUGUUUGGUCACAUCAUGGGCCUCCAUUGGUAGGAUGUAAGCCAUGGCGAGGAGGGGAGGCAGGCUGGGCUGGGAGGACGUGGGAAAGCAGCAGCUGUGGGGCUCAGAAUGGGGUUUUUCUGCAUGCACUCACUGUGCUUGCUGUCCCUGCGCCCCAUUUCCUGCUGCAGCUGUGGGUUUGCAGCUUUCCCAGAGCCUCCUUCCCCGGUGCUAAAGGAACAGCCCUGCACCUUGCUGCCCGUUCCUUCCCCCUUCCUUCCAGCGGGUCACCCAGCACACCUCCUGCUCUGCCUGCCUCACUGCAGCCCCAGCAAUGCAGCCGAGCAGGUUCUGAUGCGGGUUCCAAUGCGUUCCUUGGCACAGCAGCUGCAGGACACGGGGACAUCUCUGUCCCCAAACUGGAGGUUUCUGCACGUUCUGCGUGCAGCUUUCCCCAUGCAUCCCGUAAGAGAAAUAGCAGAGCAGGUCCCCGAGGCAGGAUCCCUCCCAUCCCUGCUGCCAGAAGCUGUUUGCUGGGGGGGGGGUCGCUGCCAGUUUGCACUUUGUGUGCAAUUGAUGGAGACGAGCUCUCUCCUCAUUCCUGCUGCGUUUGUCUUCUAUUCCCCACCCCCUCCCCUAAAUCUAAAGAAUAUAUUAUUUGCAUGUGUAUUUUUCUAAAAAAAAAAAAAUAAACAAAUAAACUGAACACUC